AUGGACUUGAAUGCAACGCAUACAGCUUGCUUUGCAACAGUUGCAUUGUCGAACCUCCGAGUUGCCGAAGGCGACCCCUCAAACACCAGCAGUAGUAUUUUAGGUUCCAACGGAGGUACCCGCCGCUCGUUCAAAGCGGGCACGCGAAUGAUUCUCGUCGAAGAUCCAUGGCUGGUCGUGUGUUCAACCACAAGAUGGAAUGAAUUCCAAGCACGAAUCUCAAAGGACAGCACAGACGUGGAUAAGGCUACGCUCUUCUCAGAUAAUUCACUGAGGACUAGACCAAACCAGCAAAGUAUACAUAUAAAGUAA